GCCGCUUCCGGUCCCCAGCGCCUGAGCGAAAGAAUUCCCCCCUCUUUGGGGCGGGAGUCUACCCUGAUCGCUGAUCGCGCCGCGCCAGCCGGCUAGUUUGCCGGCACCUGCGUCCCAGCCGUGCCCGCGACCAUGGCCACCGACUCGUGGGCGCUGGCGGUGGACGAGCAGGAAGCGGCAGCCGAGUCGUUGAGCAACUUGCAUCUUAAGGAAGAGAAAAUCAAACCAGAUGCCAAUGGUGCUGUGGUCAAGACCAAUGCUAAUGCAGAGAAGGCAGAUGAAGAAGAGAAAGAGGACAGAGCCGCCCAGUCCUUACUCAACAAGCUGAUCAGAAGCAACCUUGUCGAUAACACCAACCAAGUGGAAGUCCUGCAGCGGGAUCCAAACUCCCCACUCUACUCGGUGAAGUCCUUCGAGGAGCUUCGGCUGAAACCACAGCUUCUCCAGGGAGUCUACGCCAUGGGCUUCAACCGUCCAUCGAAGAUACAAGAGAACGCAUUGCCUUUAAUGCUUGCUGAGCCCCCACAGAACUUAAUAGCCCAGUCUCAGUCUGGUACUGGUAAAACAGCUGCCUUUGUGUUGGCCAUGCUCAGCCAAGUAGAACCUGCAAACAGAUACCCCCAGUGUCUGUGCCUCUCCCCAACUUACGAGCUCGCUCUUCAAACGGGAAAAGUGAUUGAGCAGAUGGGCAAAUUUUACCCUGAACUGAAGCUAGCUUAUGCUGUUCGUGGCAAUAAAUUGGAAAGAGGUCAGAAGAUCAGUGAGCACAUUGUCAUUGGCACCCCUGGGACCGUUCUGGACUGGUGCUCCAAGCUCAAGUUCAUUGACCCCAAGAAGAUCAAGGUGUUUGUUCUGGAUGAGGCUGACGUGAUGAUAGCUACUCAGGGCCACCAAGAUCAGAGCGUCCGCAUCCAGAGGAUGCUUCCCAGGAACUGCCAGAUGCUGCUUUUCUCUGCCACCUUCGAAGACUCCGUCUGGAAAUUUGCCCAGAAGGUGGUCCCAGACCCAAACAUCAUCAAACUGAAGCGCGAGGAGGAGACAUUGGACACCAUCAAGCAGUAUUACGUCCUGUGCAGUAGCAGAGAUGAGAAGUUCCAGGCCUUGUGUAAUAUCUACGGGGCCAUCACCAUUGCUCAAGCCAUGAUCUUCUGCCACACGCGCAAAACAGCUAGUUGGCUGGCAGCAGAGCUGUCGAAAGAAGGCCACCAGGUGGCUCUGCUGAGUGGUGAAAUGGUGGUGGAGCAGAGGGCUGCAGUGAUUGAGCGCUUCCGAGAGGGCAAAGAGAAGGUUCUGGUCACCACCAACGUGUGUGCCCGUGGUAUCGAUGUGGAACAGGUGUCUGUCGUCAUCAACUUUGACCUUCCCGUGGACAAGGACGGGAAUCCGGACAACGAGACCUACCUGCACCGGAUCGGGCGCACCGGCCGCUUUGGCAAGAGGGGCCUGGCCAUGAACAUGGUGGACAGCAAGCACAGCAUGAACAUCCUGAACAGGAUCCAGGAGCAUUUCAAUAAGAAAAUAGAAAGACUGGACACAGAUGACUUGGACGAGAUUGAGAAAAUAGCCAACUGAGAAGCUCCUGCAGUCACUGGUGCCGCCCUUGGUGCUCCCCCUGCACGGGACACUAGUGCUUUCACGGCACAGGCCUCAACAGUCAACACAAAGAUGAAGGCACGAGGAGAGAGAAACUACCUACCUCAUUUUAAAUUACGUUUGGACUUGACAAAAAUUGUACAAGUGAUGGGGGAAGGUAGAAAAAAAUCGUUUACACAACUUUUGAAGAUUAGGCGUGAAUACACAGAAAUUUACCUUUUGGAAAGUCCGUCUGUUUUUUGGCCAGCGUUUUCCCACAUCAUUACGCUAAUCUGUAUGUUGUGGCUGAUCACUUGCUCAGGAGCCUUUGUGGCAGCCCCUGAGGCAGCCUGUUCUCUGCUUAGAAUUGUUCAGGCCAGCCUCCAGCCCUUGUGAAAGUGACAGAGUAGAGGUGAAGAGGGAACACAGAGAGAGAGAGACUGAGUAGGUUAAGUGUGUAAGCCAGUCAUCAUGUUCGGAGUGUGGCAUGAAGCAGCAGAGGAGACCUGCGAGCUGCUGCUCUGGAUUUGGGUUGGGACAGCUCAUCUGAGUGUUGUCAGUCUCCGCUGUCCUGAUGGCCAGAGCAGGAAGAUUUGCUAAGCAUGGACCAAAAUGCCAACCUGGGAUCUUUGGUGUAUACAAGUCUGUGUUGCAGACCAUGACUUGUUCUUCUCAGCGGGUGCAAUCUGUGUAGAAUGCACAUCUGGUAACUGUGCUUGUGCUUGAGCAAGUCCUGUGGAGAAGUCAUCGUGGAGAAUUAGUGGUGGUCCUGGCUUGCCACAAAACCUGAUCUUGUGGGCACUUGCAGCAUCUUUUUUACAUCCCUAACAUCACCUUGACCGUUUAGUAGCCCUAAGCAAAUAAAAGGUGCUCUGAGGUUUGGAUCCUCAGUGAAAAUUGUGGUUUCAAGUUGCUAAUGGCCAGUCUCAGGGCUCCAGAAGCGAUCAGCAGUAGUCAGAUCACAGAAGGCAAGUUUUUUAUCAGUGCUGGGGAAUGAUUUCAGAAUUUAGGCAUCUUGAUUAUAAAAGGAUUCUGAAUAUCUGCGUUCACAGUGCUUGGAAUACAAACAGGUGCAACUAAGGGACAAGGUGGACUACAGCCAUUCAUCUGUCCAAGGCAAGAGUCACUGCCAAGGCCUUUGCUCCAUCCUUACUUGGCAUCUUUGUGCAGAGCAGUCAGAGCAAAUAAUAGUAAUGGACACUUCCUCAUACCUGGCCAAAGCUGUUGGUACCCACAGAGUGACAGAGCAAAGAUGAGAUGAAGCUGAGUUACAAGCGCAUAUGAAACCCCAGCUGAGAGUCCUCUUCAGCUCUUUGACUUCGAUACGGAAGGGCCACUUUAUCUAGGACCAGGCCUGAAAGAGGGAUUUUCUGUGAUGAGAACUAUUCCAAUCCCAGACCUUCCUUGUAGGCAUUUCUGUGUUUUAGAGCCAGAUUUGUCUCCUGGGAAGGGAAGGGGCCAAUGUCAGCCUCCCAGGUGGUUUCCCUAAUCUGACGUUACAGAUGCUACAGAGAGAACCGCAGACUGUCAGUCCUGCCACAUUCCCCCGUGGGCACUUGACUGUGUUGAGUCUUGUUUGUACUUCUGGCCAACUCUGACCCACCUUGGGAGUCUUGUAAAAAGGGAAGAAAUUUUAUGCCCCCCCCAACCCCCGCAAAGUCCUGUGGACCAACCCUGAAAUAACUUAAAACAAAGGCAAUAAUUAAAGGAGUGUGGACUCCUGAGGCUGCAGGCUGAGCACAUCCCACCUUCUCACAACAUGUGUAACCUACCUACUGAGUAGCCCUAAAUCUGAGCAGGAGAAUGGGAAGCGAUGUGCUUCAGACUCUUCAAUAGUAGGAAUAAAUGGGUAUCUGGUAGAAAUCCAGAUUAACAGUUCCUUAUCUGGGGCUAGACCCCUAAGAACUCACUGGAUGGGUUUUAUGGAGUUUAUGAAGUUUAUGCAGUGUUUUGAGUUUAAAUGUAUUUUCCUGGGGAGAAACUCCCAAAGGAGUAUGUGUCUUUUUAAAAGGUAAGAAAGACUCACUGUAUGGAUGGCUCCGGAAAGGCCCCCAGUGUCACUGCAGUCCAUGUUCAUUUCUGCCAGAGCUUAGCCUCUAGGGCGUAAUGGUCCAUAGCUGCUUCUGUGACCUUGUGCCAUUUUGAGACAUCAGUGAUGUAAAAAUGUGUGGAGCCCUUGAGCUUCAGUCCCCAGAGUUUAUUCUGCUGAUUUUAGUAAGUUCCUAUGUAUGGAAUGAUAAACUGUGCCCUACAACAGAGAAACUCGCUUGAGAAAAGGAGAUUUGGGCCCAGUGGAAAAUUCUGGAUAUGUUCAUUAUCCAUAAACAAUGGAUUUUAUUGGU